AUGCCCCGCCGCAGAGCCCGUCAAAGUGCGGGAGGUUGCAAGUUUGCCUUCACUGCCGUCUGCUCCCCCGCGUUCAACACGCGUCGCCAUCACAACAACGACGCCUCCGCCCCACUCCUCCCGCUCCCCCACCCGUUUCUGCCUCCCCUGCCACCAACGAUCCUAUUCAGUUGGCUUAGGCGUUCAGUCGCCGUAUUGUUCCACAGUAGUACGAGCUUCGGCUUCAACUACAUUCAGUUGGCGCUGCUGCUCCAAACAAUACGACCGGCACAAAGUGGAGGGUUCGAAUCUGGCUCCGGCCACUCAAAGGUGCGAUCUUUCAUAAGAGUUGUCAGAUCAGUACCAUCUCUGCUCGUAGUCUGCACAAUUGCUGUAAUCCGUCUACGGGAGGUCCGCGUCACAGUCGGCGCGGCUGCAUUUGAGGUUCUCCGCGCGGCCACGCUGUCUUGA